UCCGCCAGAUCUGUGGCGCUUAUCAGUUGCGUGAGACUUGGAUACAGGCGCAGAUGCGCAAAGCUACCGGCAGAUCGGAUUGGAUCUGUUGGGAGCCGUGUGGGGCUGGCAUUCUAUUCCGGCAGCGGUCCGCAGCAGUUGAUCGUUGGAUAGGCUUGUCCAAACCAGACUCGUCCAGACCCAGGAUCCCGAUUUCGGCAACCAAAUUUAAGUGGAAUCCCGCGCGUACUAACUAACCAUUCGCCAUGGCUGCAGUCGAGGCGCGCACGGUGCUGUGGUACAUGACAUUCAUGGGCUUUAUUGUCAACUACAUGAUCCGGAUCAAUCUGAACAUCACCAUUGUGGACAUGGUGGCCAAAAAGGUGGUUCCCUCGCUUCUCGCCAACGAUACGCUUGAAGGAAACUCCACUGCCCUUCCGGUGGAGGAAUUGCAUAAGGGAUUCUCGCUGGAGCGUUGGUUUUUGAACUGGGCGAAUAUUCCGUAUGAGAGGGAGGGCUUCCACUGGGAUGAAAAGCAGCAGGCUGCCCUCCUAGGAUCCUUCUUCUGGGCCCACUGGACCCUCCAGAUUCCCGGCGGCAUCCUGGCCACCAAAUACGGCACCAAAUUGGUCUUUGGCUGGGCCAAUGGAAUCGGUGUCUUCUGCUGUUUCGUUAUUCCCCUGAUUUCCUAUUGGAGCUACACAGGCUUGAUUGCAAUUCGCGUGUUCCAGGGUUGGAUAACGGGCCUGGCCUGGCCAUCGAUGCACGUUCUCACGGCCAAAUGGAUACCGCCCAAUGAGCGCAGCAAGUUUGUUAGCGCCUAUUUGGGAAGCUCGGUCGGAGUGGCUCUGUUCUAUCCAAUAUUUGGCUUCAUCAUCGACUGGACUAGCUGGGAGUGGGUGUACUACAUCUGUGGCAUUGUGGGUACCCUGUGGUUCAUAGCUUGGCAGUUCCUUGUCUUCGACAGUCCCGCUCAACACCCUCGCAUUGCCGACUCAGAAAGGAGGUAUAUCGAAAAAUCCCUGGGCGCCUCGGUUCAGACUGCUAAGCCGGGACCCACACCCUGGCGAGCUAUAGCCACUUCUCGACCGGUGUGGCUAAAUGUGGUUGCUCAGUGGGGCGGCAUCUGGGGCCUAUUCACCCUGAUGACCCAUGCGCCUACCUACUUCCGUCUGAUCCAUCACUGGAAUAUGAGAGCCACGGGUUUCUUGUCGGGCUUGCCACAUCUUAUGCGGAUGCUCUUCGCCUAUGUCUUUUCCAUGUUCGCCGAUUAUCUGCUGCGAACGGAUCGCCUGAGUCGCACAAAUGUCCGCAAGCUGGCCACUUUUGUCUGCUGCGGUGUCAAGGGUCUUAUAGUCCUGGCAUUGGCUUACUUUGGUUACAAUGCCACAGCUGCCAUUCUGUUGGUCACCUUGGCCACCAUGUUCCAUGGUGCAGUGUCCUCAGGACCCUUGGCUUCCAUGGUGGAUUUAUCGCCCAACUAUGCUGGCAUUGUGCUUGGAGUAAGUGGAAUGAUUGGAGGAAUGCCGGGUUUUAUUUCGCCCUUAAUAGUGGGUUACCUAACCCAGGGAAAUCAAACGAUUGAGGCCUGGAAGCAGGUCUUCCUGCUUAGUUCAGCCAUGCUAACGGGCAGUGGCAUUCUAUACGUGCUCUUUUCGGAGUCCACAUUGCAGCCUUGGAACAGUGGCUGCCACCCGUUGCCCGAUCCUGGUCUCAAGGAACUGCAAUCUUUGACACUCCAAAAGGAAGAUGAGGAGGAGAAGAAGCCCCUCAAGGCUGAACACGAUCAGGAAACAGAUUACAACUUGCCCGAAAGGGAGACCAAAACAAAAUCUGAGGGCAAUGAUGAAAAGUGACAAGACAGGGGGCUGCGUCACUCUCCUUUAUUGGCAUAAUACCGUGUUAGUUAUGGCACCUCCGCCAUACGUCCUCUGAUAACGCCUAUCGCGCUAUUCUCUGUAAAUAAUUACCCAUCGGAUUAGGCGGGUUUAGCAUCUUCAACCUCUAGAUUUAAGCGAGUUGUUUACUAUAACAUGGGAUUCUUUUCCCGGGAUUGUGUUUGUUCAGUGUGUGUUGUUUGUGUGCUUUUAGUUUAAGAAAACCUAAAAAUGAUUUAGUGACCAUUGUUUUCUCUAUAUAAUACGAAACCCCCAAAAGUCA